UCUUUAGUCGUCGAAAGUUUGACCAACUUUCUUAAUUACAGGUGUGUCAGUCAAUAACGUACCUGUUUAUUAAGACAGGCAUACACAUUUAAAAAGGUGAGCAAAUAUAUCUCCUAUCACCGUGUUACAAAUUUUAUUAGAGGAAAAGAAAGAAGGACGCUAUAAAAUAAUUAUUGUUUCAUAUCUCAGAAAGUAAUUACCUGUGUACAACUUUUUAUCUCACGUGUCCUAAAUAAUCGUUCAAAGCAAUCACAACGAAGUAACAACUAUUCAAAAUGGCGCUUUUCAUUAAUCGUUUCUUCUGUUGGAGUUUAGAGACGGCCACAUUCGCUGGUUACGUCUAUGCUUUGAUAACAAUAUUUUUCGCUCUAAUUUUGCGUCUUCUAGAUCUCGGAGCUAUUGGCACCGACUUCGAAAUUAGCAAAGGUUUUCAUACCAAUUGGAGGUCACAUUCCUGGGAAAGUUUCCUGUCUUGUGAUGUCAUAAUGGUGAUAUGUCACAUUGCCGUAAUGUUUCUCAGUUUGUUUAUGAUCUUCCUCACCUCACGUCGACAUUUUCUCAUCACCCUCAACUGGACAAAAGCGUUCGUUGUCAUCUUUGGUUGUUAUACUUUCAUCGAAUUUGGCAUUUCCAUUUUUGAGUUCUCUUACUAUCGCAUGUACACCUUCCGACUGGCCUACGUUGUAUUCAUUUGGUUGUACUGGGUAGUCAGGACUAUAGCAAACAUCACAAUGACCGUAGUUAUUUCUUCAAGACACACUCAGAUGAUCAACCAAGUCGAACAGGAAUUACGCUUCUCUGGAGGAUUUAAAAAAGAUUAUUUCUAAGUUUUCACUAUACAUAUAUAUAUAUACAAAAAAAAAUCACCAAAAAAAAACACUAUUAAUUGUAAUUACAAUAAUAUGUAUUACAAUACAUUAGUACUUUUUCACAACACAACUGAACCUCGCUGAACUACCUGUAUCUUCUCUUACAUAUACAGACCUAGAAAAGUUAUGGUUCAUAACUUUUUGUAUAUUGCGUACAAUUACUUCUCUGCCAAAUCAAACAUUCUUGGGGGUUUGUUUUUUUCCGUGAAAAAGAAGUGUAGGACGACUGUCUGAACAAUAAUAAAGUAUGAAUAAAUCGCUCAAAUAUUCUGAAAGAGCGCUCCCUGUUUCUUCUACAUAAAUUUUCAAGGAGCAAUGACAGUCCUAAUUAAAAUUUCUCUCGUUAAACCGCACACCACUUUCCUUGCUAUUUUGCCAACUUUAUUGUUUCUAACUUGAAAAGUAAAAAAACCCCACAAAACUAUUGAUAGCAGGAAUGUUCUCCCCAUCCCCAAGUUCCUCACUGAUUUUUAAGAUCUCUUGGUCAAAGAUGCAGAAACGAAGAUAUAAACGAUGUUUACAAUAUUUUUGUAAUGUGAUCAACAAAGGUAUAAUCCCUUUACGUAGUAAUUAUUAUUAUUAUUAUUAUUAUUAUUAUACUACUGUUUCUUUAUCUUUUAUUUUUUCAAAUUCCAAGAAAUAAUUUUGCUUUACUCGUUUCUUUUACCUGUUGCUAUCAACUAAAGACUCUCUCUCUCUCUCUCUCUCUCUCUCUCUCUCUCUAUAUAUAUAUAUAUAUAUAUAUAUAUAUACACACACACACCAUGCUCUUUUGUUUCACUUCAGCUUUAUUCUCCUUAUUAUUAUUAUUAUUUAGUAUCCUUUGUCACAAAAGACACUAAAAUAAUAAUAUAUUUAAUGCUUUUUAUAGUAAACGAAGAUGUGUGUGUGUGUGCACGCAUUCCAUUUGUUCUAACAGGUUUUGAAAAUAUAAACGGU